AGACCGACCAAAGCAACCCUGCCCUGGCAUGUGUUGCCAUUCAAUUCGAUUACCAAACUAAACACACGUUUUUCGGGUUUGUACAAACAAUUCGGGUGCAAUUAUAUAUCGUUCUGUGCAUGAAAUAAGUGACGCGCGCCACUGAACGAUUUGAAGACCACGAAACGGAACGGUGCUGACAGGCGGCAGCCCCAAUAGCGAACAUCGCGAAGGGAUGGCAACACUGCAUACGCCGGCCAAGUUAUUAUGAUAUGUAAAAGGUGGACGUCGACACGUGUUUAAUAUUCGUGCAAACUUUUAAUACGUUGCGGGCGUUGAAAAACCAGUGAAAACAGCAAACAAACACUCCCCACAAAACGCAAGUGCGGCGCAAAGCGAAAACAGUCGGCAAAAUAAGUUACCCAAGCGGUUGCAAGAGAUUCUUCAAUAUUCAGCGAAAAUGGUAUCCGGUCGUCCUCUACUCUACCUGUCACUGCCCGGUGUAGCAUUUAUACUUGGCGUCUUUUGGUUUCGGCGUAGAAAUAAAAAUCGUUUAGACAAACCCGACGAUGAGGAUACGUCGACCGUGAAGGAUGCUGCGGCGACCACGGUGGAGACACGCAAGGCCAACGGUGUCCUGCAGAAUGGCAAGCAGCCGCAGCCCGUGGCUAGCAAGUCGAUGAACAUCAAUGGAACCAUUGUCAACGGAAACGGAAAUGGAUCUGGUAGUGGAAGCAGCGGCAGUGGAAGCGAUGAACGCGAAAGUCCCAACACAAUGCUGUAUGGGAAGUCGGCACCCAUCAAGAUCCAAAGCAAUGGACGCAGCUCGACCUCGAUCGAUUCCGAGAUGCUCAAGUCAAAGAUCCAGGAUGCGGAGCACAAGAAGCUCUGUUCCAUAGACGAGGCCUUUGAGAAUCUAUCGUCGCCGGUGGAUUUGCCGGGUUCGGUGAAUACUUCACGCUCGUUUUACAACCGUAAGGCCAGCCAGAAGACCGUGGAACCGGUGGUGAUCAAGGCGACGCGCACACCCAAGAUAUCGCCGGAGAACUCAUUCCUCGAGACCAACUAUACCAAGGAGUGCGAGCAGAACAAUAACUGCGAGCCCAAGGUGGAUCCCAAAGAGGCAUCCAAAGAGCAGGCGGAGCAAGCAGAGCAGGCAGUCGACAGCAAUGGCAAUCAGAAGCGCAACGUGGACGCGGCUAGUCCCUCGCUGAGCAUCUGCAGCGUCCAGUCGGGUGACUCGGGCAAGGGCUCCAGCCUGCCCCGCUCGGAGGCGACGCGAGUCAAGACUACCUACGAGUUCCUUUUCCCCAUCAGUCUGAUUGGCCAGCUGUACGGACGGAAGAGGGCGUUCAUUAACCAGAUCAAGGCCAAGACUUUGGCCAGUGUGGCGCUCAGCAAGAACCCGUACUCGAGUAAGGUGCGCAUCUGCACCAUUGAGGGCACGGAGAGCGAGAUUGAUGCCGCCUUGGCCAUGAUCCGUCAACGUUUGCCGGCCAAGCGGUAUCCCAACUUCACCAUGCAACGCAUCCACUUCGCGCUGCCGCAGACCAUAGUUCCUCUUUCCACGGAAAGCCUCUACAACCUCCAACUGAACCUGAUCGAGGGCAUCAACAACGAUGUAGUGGUAAGUGCCGUGCUCUCGGGCUCGCACAUAUUUGUCCAGCAUCCGCUGCAUCCCUCGCAUCCGUCGCUGCCGAUGCUGCAGAAGCAGCUGUACGAUAGCUACACCACCAUGGAGGCACCGCAGCUGCCCAGCAUCGAGGUCAGUGCCGUCUGUGUGAUCGCCAUCAACGGGGUGUGGUAUCGUGUCCAGAUCGUCAGCAUCGAUGCAGACGAUGAGGAACGUUGUGUGGUUAGGUUCCUUGACUUUGGUGGCUACAUGAACGUGAGCUUCACAUCGCUGCGUCAAAUACGCACAGAUUUCAUGAGUGUGCCCUUCCAGGCCACCGAGUGCAUCCUGUCCAAUAUUGAGCCCAUUGAUGGCGCCUGGUCCCAGGAGGCGGCCGAGAUCCUCAGCAAACUUACCAAAGGCAUUGUCUUGCAAGCACAAGUCGCCGGCUACAAUAGUCACAACAUACCAGAAAUCUAUUUAUUCGCAUCCCUAGGCCCAAAUAAUGUAAUUUUUAUCAAUAAGGAACUGGUCGCCAGAAAUCUCGCGAAAUGGGUGGAGAUGCGUGACUAACAAACCAAGCUAAGUAACAAAAAACUACAUUACAACAACAACAACAACUGAAUGCUUCAACAACAACAACAAAAACAAGAAGAUGGAGUAGAAAUCAUGCAAUUUGGAGGAUACAAAAGCUUAAGCAAGUGGCGUAUAUAUAUAUAUAUAUAUAUAUAUGCAGCUUGCAAGCGGAUUCCAAUUACCAAAUUGUUUCGUUAAGUUGUGUAGAAAGCGACUGAGCCUAGAGAGAGUGCAGCCCCAUCCCUAUAUAAUCAUACAUAACACCAUAUAACACACA